GCGCUGGCUCCCGGGCUGCGAGCAGCCCGGGCCGGGCAGGCGCCGCGCCCCGCCGAGCGGGGGCCCCCGGUGCGGCUCUUCACGGAGGAGGAGCUGGCCCGCUACAGCGGGGAGGAGGAAGAUCAGCCCAUCUACAUGGCAGUGAAAGGAGUGGUGUUUGAUGUCACUUCUGGAAAGGAGUUUUAUGGACGAGGAGCCCCCUACAAUGCCUUGGCUGGGAAGGACUCCACCAGAGGGGUGGCCAAGAUGUCCCUCGAUCCUUCAGACCUCACCCAUGACACUACGGGCCUCACAGCCGAGGAGCUGAAAUCCCUGGAUGACGUCUUCACCAAAGUGUACAAAGCCAAAUACCCAAUCGUGGGCUACACGGCCCGCAGGAUACUCCUUGAGGACGGCAGCCCCAACCUGGACUUCAAGCCCGAAGACCAGCCCCAUUUUGACAUAAAGGACGAGUUCUGAUACUCCCUCUGCCGGAGCACAUUCUUGAUGGGACGGAGGCGGGGCACAGAGAAACCCCCAGGUGCCAAAUCUCCUGCGAAACAGGCUGCCUGAGCCUCUGGUCCCCCGGACGUGAACGAAGUAGACAUUGAACCCGGAACGCUGGGCGCUUGUUCUUGUCCCCGGUCCAGUGUUCUGUCCACGGGCCAUCAGCCCAGACACCAGCUGGGGUGGGCAUAGCGGCCAAGUGGGGGGCGCCCUCCUAGGGUCCAUGUUGCUGUCUGGGCAGCGGAAUUACCGUGACUUAUUUCUUCUUUAUAUGUCCACUUUCCUGUACGUGCCGAGUUUUCUGCUGUGGCCACGUUGGUUUUAGAAUAAGCACAAAAUAAACUUCGUGUUUUCACAAGAGAA